CUCUAGUCAAAGAAAGAAUUUUCGGCACGAAUCUUCUGCCGAAGGGAAAUGCGAUCGUUAUUUCUAAGAUAAUUUAUAGAUUUCGCGAAUUAUUACCAUAAAAAGUAGCAAUGUGAACAAAUCAACAUUCGUGGCGGAUUGUAUGAGUUGAUUCUAUGACAGCAAAUCGUAGUCUACUAGUUAGCAAACAUCGAUUUUUUACCGUCGAAGCGAAUGUGAAUGCGGAUGCUUUGCGCUUGACAAACCCCCCACUAGAGUAAAAGCAAAUCGCGAUUUUGUCGGAAAAAGGAUAAUAUAGCUGUCGCACGACAUGACAAAGAGCGAUCACGUUGCCCUAACGCUAUCAUCGGCCUCCAUAGCGGGCAUCACAGGUAGCGCUGCUGGCAUCGAUGAGGCAAAUCUCUCGCGCAAAAGUCUGCGACGGUCGUGGAAUCAACUGCCCCGUUGUCAACGUAAUCUCAUCAUAAUGGGCAUCACCGCAUUUUGUGUAACGUUGUUGCUGUUUCUGCCCGGCGAUCAGCUGAUUAGCAUGAAAGAUGUGCGUCUCAAGCCUGGAGCGGCGCCAUUCCACAUGCGACGCGAGGACACACUUCAGAAUCCACAUCACCAUCCGAAUCUCCCGCCGGAAAAGAGUGAACACGAUCUCGCUCCCGAAAUAUCGGCAGCAGUUGCGUCGCCCAUGACCGAAGACAGAUUGACCAAACAGGAGCCCAAUGAUAAGGUGCCUGCGAAUGCGGUCUACCCCGAUGGUAAUUCAGCAGAGAAUGUGGUUAAGCUGCCGGAAACCGCAGUGGCUAGCAAUGACAAUAUCAAUGGCGUAAUCGAUAUCGUCAACAAUGUGGAGCAACCCAUCGAUCGAGAGGCGUCAUUGGAUGAGCCAACGGAUUUGCAGGCUGAGCUGAAGGAAGCAAUACAACAUCCCUUGAAUUUGGCAGGAGAAAGCAUUGAUUCGCAUCUGCAGAAAAUGCAAAACCAGCUAGCCAAGCCUCAGCACUUCCACGGCGCCACUAAUGAACGGCAGACGGCUGUUGUGGCUGCAUUUAAACACUCAUGGGCUGGAUACAAGAAGUACGCUUGGGGUCAUGAUAAUCUGAAGCCAGUUUCGCAAACUUCACACGAAUGGUUCGGCCUUGGUCUAUCGAUUGUCGAUUCUCUCGACACCAUGUACAUAAUGGGCUUGGAAGAUGAGUUUAAUGAAGCACGGGAUUGGGUGAGAGAUUCAUUAAAAUUCCACACAAGCCGCGAUGUCAAUCUCUUUGAGGUCACUAUUCGUGUCCUGGGCGGACUGCUAUCCGCAUAUCAUUUGAGUGGAGACCACAUGUUUUUGGCCAAAGCAUCCGAAUUGGGCAAUCGUUUGUUGCCCAGCUUUCUUUCACCAUCGGGCAUACCUUAUUCGGACGUCAAUCUUGGCGAAAGAUCAGCACAUUCACCAAAAUGGUCACCCGAUAGCUCGACAAGUGAAGUAACAACAAUACAGCUGGAAUUCCGUGAUCUCAGUCGCUCUACGAAUGUUCCUAUCUACGAACGCGUUGUAAGCAUUGUCAACGAAAAAGUACAUGCUCUAGAUAAGAAUCAUGGCCUAGUACCAAUAUUUAUUAAUGCCAAUACAGGCACCUUCCGAAAUUAUGCCACCAUUUCUUUGGGAGCACGCGGUGAUUCGUAUUACGAGUACUUAUUGAAACAGUGGCUGCAAACGGGCCGCAAGGAUAACGACAAUCUCAUACUGGACUAUAUGCAAGCUAUAGAUGGUGUUCUCACACAGCUGAUGCGACGCACACCACGAGAGAAUUGGGUUUAUAUUGGAGAGCUAAUAAAUGGCCACGAUUUUAAGCCAAAAAUGGAUCAUCUGACGUGCUAUUUACCUGGCACACUGUUGCUGGGCCAUCAAAACGGCAUGCCGGACUCGCAUCUAUUGUUGGCCAGAGAUAUGAUGGACACCUGCUAUCAGACGUACAUUAAACAACCCACUCAGUUGGCAGCAGAAAUUUCGUAUUUUGCGCUGAAUGAUAAAGAUGAGAAUGACAUCUAUGUGAAGCCGAAUGACGCGCACAAUUUACUGCGACCCGAGUUCAUUGAGAGUCUCUAUUAUUUCUAUGCACUUACUGGCAAUCGCACAUAUCAGGACAUGGGCUGGACCAUUUUUCAGGCUUUUGAGAAGCACACUAAAGUGGCUGCUGGCUAUACAUCUCUGGGAAAUGUGAAGAACACACUAAACACGCGUAUGCGCGAUCUCAUGGAGAGCUUCUGGAUGAGCGAGACGUUAAAAUACUUUUACCUAUUGUUUAGUGACAAUCGCAAGGAAAUUGACCUAGAGAAAUGGGUCUUCAACUCCGAAGGUCAUCCGUUGCCGGUGUACCAGCAAUAAUUGUAAAUAUUAAUCAAUACCAACUAAGCAUAGUGGAUAAAGUAGUAAACUGUGUAGGUAAUUAGCUGCAAUCCAUAUGGCAGUUACCCGUAGUCCGUAGUCCUUAAUAAAGCGCGAAUGCCAAAUAUAACGCCAAGCUUUAGAAUGCACAAAUAUCUUAGUGCACUUGGCCUAAAGACCGUUACUAACACUCAUUAAAUCAUGCAAUGAUGAUGCGUGAUCCGAUAAUGUAUGAUUUGUAAUAUAUAAUAAGUUAGCCCACUAUUAUUUAUUUAUUUAAAUGUAUGUAUGAUGAGCAACCAUAUGAUAUUGCACUCUCUCUCUCUCUCUGGUACUGUGUGUAACUGCCGCAAUUGAUAAUGAUAAUUAAUUGUAAGCUCACUUUUGUCUUAAUAUUUAAAUGGUAGGUACUUAGUACAUGUGUAUGUAAUUUUUGUAAAAGCCCACAACCACAGCAUUGUUUAGUAAAUUGAACACACAUCACAUCACAAAUCUUUGUAGCGCAUACAAACGAACUAGAAAGAUAUGACUGUAAGAAUAUGCUCAUAUUGCAUAAUGAUGUGAAUAAUAAAAAGACG